CUUACUAGCCCCUCCUUCUUUACAAAGUCCACAUACAAAAAGAUACAGCAAAAGAGCUACCAGACAUCAACAAAUCUUAUUUCAGGGGAAAUUCUAGAAUGGAAAUCAGCGAGGUUUUCUCAACUGACAAAGCUACAGUUGUCAUCCAAAUAAAUCCACAUGCAAAAGACAGCAUUAUUUAUGUUGAUGGACAGGAGACAGUAAAACAUGAUGCGGCUCUUAAAGGAUUUUUCAAAGCACAGCCAAAGGCACUGGGGAUUGUCCAGAUAAUGAGUGGAAUAACAAUCUUCUCACUUGGUGUUUUUCUCACCAUCAAUGUCGAGUUUCCCAAUAUUGUUGUUAUUUCUGGCCUCACCUACUGGGGAUCUUUAAUUUACAUCGCUGCUGGAUCUCUGUCUGUUGCUGCGCAGAAUAAACGUCAUCUGCGUUUGGUGAAGGCCUCUCUUGGAAUGAAUGUGUUCAGUGCCAUAACUGCAGGACUAUCUAUUUGUCUGAUGGGUAUACAAUUAGCAGUAUCAUCGUAUCGUGCAAAGUAUGAGGAAUCUAUUUUGCGGUCUUCUGGAAUAAUACUGCUGUUCACUAUUUCUCAGUUCAUCAUCUCAAUCUGUGUCUCAGCACUUGCCUGCAAAGCCACCUGCAACAUCCAAUCUACAGUGGUUAAAGUGGCACUAAACCAGGGAUACUGAGUGAUGGUGAGGAGAUCCUAGUGGCCAAAUGCUACAGAGAAUUAAAGUCUUGUUAUUUUAGAUUUAAAAAAAUCUGUUUUAAUGUCACGGGCAAUGAUAUGUGUGCAUAUUUUAUAAUUAUAUAUGAAAUGGAUUUUAAUAUGCUUCUAAGCAUCAGACAUGGCCCAAUGUUUUAUAAUGUAUUUUUUAUUUAAUGUUUGAUAAGGACUAAAGAUUGUUUUUAUUAACCAGGAUUCUUAAUCUUAAUCUUAAUUCUAACACACACACAUACACGGUUACUUAACGGUGAGUACUUAGUGCAUUUACUUAAUACUAAAUUGGGACAUUUCAUAGACAUCGAUUGUUUUUAUAUACAGCUAGAUAUAAAUAUAAAACUACCUGUGUGUAUAUAUAUAGAGAGAGAGAGAGAGAGAGAGAGAGAGAGAGAGAGAGAGAGAUUUUUACAUGAAAUGUUUUUAAGUGAAAGUCUUUAAACAUUUACAUUAAACUGGCCACAUAAAAAAGCAAGGAUAGCAAAAUUAUUCAGAAUGAGACUUUAUGACGGUCACUGGCAAUAAGACAAACAAUGUCUUGAGAAAAUCU